UAGGCCCCACCAACCACACAUCCACAACCCUGAACAUACAACCUCACCUCCCCCCCAAUUCUCCCUCCAACCUGGUGUGGUACUGCACUUCACCCCUCUCUCUCUCUCUCUCUCUCUCUCUCUCUCUCUCUAUGAGCUGCUAAUCUUACUUACAAACUAAACUGAUCCCCAGUCCCUUCCCUCCAUGGACAAGACCGAGAGAGAGACCCAUGACUUCAUGAACGUCGAAUCCUUCUCUCAGCUCCCCUUCAUUCGCCCUGCACCAGUUAAGGAAAAGGGCAUUAGGCUUUUUGGCAUAGAAUUCGGCGGUGACAAACAUGCAGGUGCCGGCACUGAUGAUCAGUCCGAGUCUGCCGAGACCAACACAUGCGAGAUCGACGCAAAGGACAACAUGAACGAGAACGGGGAGAGUAACCGCAGAUUUGAGUGCCACUACUGUUGUCGAAACUUCCCUACCUCUCAAGCCUUAGGCGGCCACCAAAACGCCCAUAAAAGGGAACGCCAACACGCAAAACGCGCACAUCUUCAGUCGGCCAUGGUACAUAGUAGCCACCUCUCUGAUGCGCACGUCUAUGCAGGGUUCAUGAAUUACCGCCUCGGCUCCGCUCCAAUUCCAGCAAUGUCCUAUCCAUCAUGGAACACUAGUAAUACUAAUACCGUUGCUGCUAAUGGUAGGUAUUAUGGAAGCCACAGCUCGUUUUCUCAGCCUCCUCCUAUAAAUGGGAGUCCUUUGGCCUUGUGGAGAAUCCCUGCCGCCCAAAGUAACCCUACUUUUAAUCGGGACCCUUCGUUGCACCCGUUGCCAUUGUUUGCCGGGGAUGAGUUAAAGCCCUCACACGUUGGUGGGUCUAGUUCUCAAAGCAGGUACGUUUACGAAUCGAAGGCUAGCGUCCAGGACCAUGUGAGUUUGGAUCUUCAUCUGUAGUAGUAAUUCGAUAACAUCUUAAACUAUUUGAGAUUUAAGAUUAGAUCGGGCUUGCAAUCUUUUGAUAUGCAAAAUGAGGGAAACCAGUAACUGUUUUCUAUUUAUUAACAUCAUCAUUUUAGUAUGAGUUAAUGUGUAAAUGAAAUGAGAUGAAUUAUUAUUU